CUCGUGCGGCAAAGGCCCCAUCUCCAUUUUUUUUUUUGGGGGGGUUGGUUCUUAAACACAGUGUUCCAGUUAUAAAAGAAAGGAAAUAUAAAAGUUUUGGCUGCAGAAUUUUAUUCGAAACGGUCUUUCGUAGGCCGUUCAUCAAUGGAGGGUCAAAGCGACACCAUUUCUGGUUUACCAAGCACAUCGCAUGAGAAAACAUGCAGCAGUUCCUCAUCUCAGUAAUCUUUGAGAUUUUGCAUUUUGUGGGUGGUCGAGAUAUGAAAGGUAAUGCCCUUGUAAUCUUGCAAAGUGCUUUGCAUUCAAUAGAGAUUUACUGUAGGGCAACUUCUAACGGGCUAUGUGCCAUUGACAACCUUAGUGGUUUAGAUGAGGCAUGAUUACUUGAAUGCUUUCAGCUAAUGCUUAAUUUUUUUUAGACCUGCUACCUUUUGAAAAUAUUCUGUCAAGAAUAUAUGAGACACAUGGAUCAAACUUUUUGACUGUCAGAAAAAUAUUCUCUCAGAGCUGUCAGUAGGCCAGACGGUUUUAUUCCUCUGGGGAGUUAUGUUCACCUCCAUAAUCAGAACAGGAAGCUUACCUGGAUUCCCUAGAUUUAAUGUGGGGUUUCUGAUGGGCUUCAAGAAAGAGACCCCCCAAAUAGGGAGAAAAAGAAGAACACAAGUCUAGAAAGUUAGUAAAACAAGAAAAACGAGGACUAUUGUAUACCGCUGACCAAGCAUAAAGAGAUUUGAACAUAUAUGUUCUUAACUCUAACACUGGUGUCUCACAAACUUCAAAGCUCCAUGUGUUUUGCUCUCUCCAAAUGCACCACAUUAAGCAUAGAGGAGCUAUCCUCCAAGCCUUUAAAAUGCUACUUUCCAAUUGACCUUUCCAGGUAGCUAACAACUUCACCACCCUUCUAAGCAUGACUACUCUACACCAAAACCCAACAAUUCUCUAGCCACUUCUUUAUAGUAGAGAAGAAGAUCAUCUAUGGUCUCCUCACUCCUCUUACACAUGCAACACUAAUCCACCACUUUAACAUUCAUCUUCCUCAGGUUAUCCAACAUUAAAAUCUUUCCUAAUGCCGUCGUCCACACAAAGAACCACUCUUGAAGGAGCCUUAUUUUUGCGAGAAAUAUUUCUGACCAACCCUAUUCUAGUUUUUGUUCCUUUUUAUUUUACGUCUUCCCCUAGAUGGUAUCUAAUUAGUGCAAUGAUGUAUCUAGAUUUUUCCUCUUUCUUCCCACCCAUUUUCUUCCAAUAAAGGGUUGCUUAUAAAAUUCACUUGUCCAGAGGCCAAUAGCAUCAUGCCAUGAAAGGAAGAAUUGCGUGUAUUAAGGUACUUGAUAACAUUUCUUUGUUGAACUUCUGGGUAUUCCUUAGGAUAGGAAAAUAAGUUCUGGACAUUGUAGAAAAUCAACAAUUAUUGCUGUCUUUGGUUUCGGAUUCUCAAUUUUUGUCCAAGAAUUCGUGGGUUUUGAAUACUUUAUAGAUUUUUUUUUUUGGUAGUUUUUGUGGGUUUUGGGCAUAAUUAACUCGUUAAUUGGAAUUUGAGUUAAUUAAAAAAAUAAAAAAAUAAAAAAGGAAUUCGAGUUGUGGAGUGUAUUUUUUAGAACGCUAGUUUGGAUACUGAGAAAAUUGACUAGUAGAAAUGAAAUUGCAGUUGGCUUUUCUGUUUUUUGUUGCUUUGGUUUCGAACAAUUUUCUCAAAACAUAUAUAUUGUUCUGCAAGGCUCACUUGUGGUUGUUUUUCUCGCCAAAAAAUUCUUUUCUUAGCUUGUCUUUAAAAUCAAAAGGUUUGUAUAGUAGUAUGAAUUCUAAAUGGUUUGGAAAACUGAGUAUUGGUGUUAUAGAUAACUUGGAAGUUUCAAGGUUUGUGCAGAUCUAUGGCACAAUGUAUAUUGAAUUCAUAUACAGUAGCCAGUUGACCCUGUAUCUCUUAUUGCACUUAAUUAACAUGAUAUUUGAUUACUGAUUAGUUGAACGGGUAUAGUGUUGUUUGUUGCAUUUAAUUUAUGAAUAAUUUUGUGUGUCCUUUCUGCUUCUAUUGAUUUUAGAAAUGUAAAAUUUAAUCCAAUAAGUUUUCAUCCACCAUGUGAGUGUUAUCAAAGGUUAACUAUGAUGUCAUACAAAUUUCUAUGUGGAGUGGUGAAUCAACACAAUUUUGUCUUGUUGACUCUACAUGCACCCAAAAUUUCCUUCUUUUAAUUGAUUUCAAGUAUCAUUUUGCAAAUUAAGAGGGGAAAAAAAUCAAAAUCCGGUGCUACUGAUUAUGAGUUAUCCACCCAACUUUCAACUCAUUAUGGUUUAAUCUCUGUUAGUUUUAUUGUACUGGUUGACUGUUGUAUAUAAUUUUGAAUGUUCUUGUAUAUGGUUUCUGCAUUGUAAUGUUUUUGGUUCACUAUGCUCUUACAAGAUGGGUUCACAAAUGAGUGAAGGCCCUUUCUCCACUAUGCUCGUACAAGUGGGGGAACAAGGCUACAAUGAAACUCUUCCCCAAGCUAGCCUGGGAUCCACUACUAAGAAAUCUCAACGGGGUAGAAACUUCUCCAUUGAAGAAGACAUUAUACUAGUAACGGCUUGGCUCAAUAGUGACAUUGAUCUAAUUCAAGGGAAUAAUAAAAAACCCAAGACAUUUUGGGAAAGAAUUUCAGAGAACUACCAUGAACACAACAAAGAAACCAUGAUUGAACGUUCUAUGCAUUCUUUAUCAAAUCGGUGGUCAACCAUCCAACUUAGCACCAACAAGUUCUGUGAGUACUUAGCACAAGUUGAAUCGAAAAAUCCAAGUGGUGUUAGUGACCAGGACAAGAUUGAUGAGGCGAAGGCUUUGUAUAGAAAAUUCGAAAAGAUAACAUUUCAAUUUGAUCAUUGUUGGAACAUGUUGAGGAAGGUGCCAAAAUGGAACUCACGUAUGGUUCAAAUGAAAUCUAGAAGAAAAUCAAUUGGUACAAGUUCUCCUUCUACUCCGGAGGCGAUACAUUUAUGGGAAGACAACGAUGUUGAAAAUGUGUUUGUAGACUUUGAGAAACCACUAGGCAAGAAGACCUCAGAAGAUAGAGAGAGAAAACGAAAGAGCAAAGAUUCUCCUACUUCGAAUACUAUGGAUGCUUUGAGUAAAUUAAAGGAAGGGAAGAUGAUAUCAUAUGAGGAGAGAAAUGAACAGAUUUAUACGGUAAAGGAAGAGGUUAUUCUUGUUGAAAAACAAAAGCUUGAGAUUGAACAAAGGAAAGAGGAAAGAGAACAAAGGAAAGAGGAAUGGGAAAUUAUGAUGAUGGAUACAAGUAACUUGUCUCCAAUGCAGCAAGAAUAUAUUCAUUUACGUCGAGUGGAAAUCCUUGAGAAGCGUAGGAGUAAAUAGUCAUCAGCAUUGGAAUGUAUUUAUUUAAGUGAAUUAAUCAUGACAUCUUGUUUUGCACAAGGAUUUUGUUGUGUUUGUUAAGUACUUUCUGUUUCUUUGGUAUCUAGUGAUGAUAAUAUACUUUUCUAAGGUUCUAUUCUAAUUGUGUAUAGGUAUUUGAUUAUGGGAAAGU